CCUUUGCCCGAUCGUCGCCUCCCUGGCAAGGCCGUCUGCUGCUACCAUGAUAGGUGCCUCGAUGAACCCACCCCAGAACAGUCCCGCCCCGUCGUCGCCGUCCACAGAGCCCACCGCCCUCGCCGUGGCCUCCCCAUCGCCCCAGGCCGACCUCAACCCCGUGCCGCUCUCCUGCUCGGACCGCUACACCGACCGCCUCGCCGGCUGGCAGGUUCUGCUGAAGAAGCUCAUCGCCCACUUUGAGCUCGUCUCCGAGUCGCAGAAGCGCAUGGCCGAGGCCUUCUCAAAGUCGCUGCAGCACGUCAUGGAGCCCGUCCGCUCUGUGCAGGACGUCGAUGUCUUUGCCCCCGACGAGUCCUUCCGCUCCGUCUUCCAAACCGUGUUCGAGGCCCAGCUGCACAUUGCCAAUCUCCAGCUCGCCUCCGCCAGCCUGAUCGAGACCGAGACCCUCCCGAACCUCAAGGCCCUGCUGAACGACGUCAAAAAGAAGCUCGACUCGGUCCAGGCCGAGUGGGGCUCCCUCGACAAGGAGCUGCUGCGGGAUCGAGAAGCCCUGCCCAGGCUGCUCAUGUUGCUCUCUGCGAGUCUGGCUCGCCACUAUUGGAUCCUGGGCGGCAGCGUCGGCGCCCCGCCGCAAAUCACCCUCGGCCAUGGGAAAGAGGCCCCGCGCGAUCCCUUUAUCGCCAAGCAAGACGUCCUCCGCCACAUCCGCCUCUGCAUCCACAAGCAGGAGCACUAUCGGUCCGGCCUCGCCAAGCAAGAGCAGUCCUUCGCCAUCUUUGAAAAGACCCUGGUCCAGCACCUGCGUGCCUGUCUGACAAAGUUCCAGGAGGCCAGCCUGAACGAUCUCGUCACCAACCGCGAUCUGCUCAACGUCGGCCUUGCUUCGCUGAACCAAAUCAGCUCCGACUCGGACUGGAGCCAAUUCAAGACCCGCAACGCCGACGUCAUUCUCGACACGGGCUCGAACCCCUUGCUCAAAGAAAGCGACAUCCCCUUGCCUGCCGAGAUCGAGGAUGCCGCCGUCCAGGUCGUCCACGAGGGCGUGCUGCAGCGCUACGAGUCCAAGAUUCUCCAGAAGGGCCAGUGGCGCGCCGGAUACUAUGUUCUCACGGCCUCGGGCUUCCUCCACGGCUUCUCAAACGGUGGAAAGGAGAAGGAGCUGGGCGACUACGAGAUGGGAUACUAUCUGCCGGAUUCGACCAUCCUUCCGUCCAGCCCAUCGGACCGCGAAUCUGGCGAGAUCGCCGUCCAAAUCAAAUCCGGCCGUGUCUUUGGCUCGGACAAGUACCGGUUCAAGGCCCUGACUGUGGACCAGUCCGACUUUUGGAGGGAGCUACUCUCGACACGUCUGAACUCAACCGUGCCUCGCCGAAGCUCCACAUCCACCACCAGCUCUACGGCCUCGACAACCGGACCCACCGAGCCCGCCAACACAUCUCUCUCCCCGUCGUCCUCGGCCUCGCUGUUCCUCAAGCGCAACAGCAUGCUCCAAGGAGGGCAUAUGUCGCCGCAGCCUGGAAACAGCACACCUGCAUUCGCUGGCGCGCCCAACACUCACUCGCCAGCAUCUUCGCCCACACAACCGCCUCAACGGCCCCUGACCACCUUUUCCUCGUCCGCCCUCAACUCGGUCGGCGAAGAGGAAGAGGAAGGCUUCGCGGCUGCACCGUCGGUACCUCACACCCAGGGCUUCAAACCCGCCCAGACUGGGUCAUUCUCGGGCUGGGGUGAUGAGCUUCUCCCAGCGCCGCCCGUCAAUAGCGCAGCAGCAACCAUGGAUGCCCUGGACCCGAGCCGCAGCGACCCACAGCUCCCUCCUGCCUCCGAUGCCUGGUCUGUCCCGACAACGACAGCCCGAUUCUCGGAUCUGGACCUUGCAUCGCACAAUGCCUGGUCUUGAGCUCCAAGGGUGAAGACAAAGCCCCAUUUUUGCACAACCACCACCGCCGCCGCCACCACCGCCACCACCACCAGUGCUACUACCACCACCG